AUGGGAAUACAAUACCAUCAGAAGUUAAAUUACUUGGAUAUCAGUGUUUUAGAUAAUUGUUAUAAAUUAACAUCAAUUGAUAUACCAUCAUCAAUUAGUGGAAUAGGAAAUUAUUGUUUUCAUGAAUGUAAAUCAUUAACAACAAUUAAUAUACCAUCAUCAAUUACGUCAAUAGGAUGUGAUUGUUUUUAUAGAUGUUCAUCAUUAACAUCAAUGAAUAUAGAUAAUUUACAAUUUAUUAGUCAAGAAAGAAUCUUUAUGAACGAACCGGUGUUAAUUAGUUGUGAAAUACCAGAUAAUCUACAAAUAAUCAAUGGAAAGAAUAUUUGCAAGAAAGAUAUUAAUGAAUUUAUUAUUCCAUCUUCAAUUACUAAAUUAGGUGAUUGUUGUUUUAGUUAUUGUUCAUCAUUAAGAUCAAUUAAUAUACCAGCAACAAUUAAUGAAAUAGGAAAUGAUUGUUUUAAAAGAUGUUCAUCAUUAAGGUCAAUUAAUAUACCAACAUCAAUUAUUAAAAUAGGAGAUGAUUGUUUUUAUGGAUGUUAUUUAUUAAAAUCAAUUAAUAUACCAUCAUCAAUUACUUUAUUUAGACGUGGAUGUUUUUAUAAAUGUGGAUGUGAAGAAGAAUUAAAACAAAAUAAAAGAAUACCAAGAGAUUGUUUUGAAUAG